CGUAUUUACCGCAGAACUGAAUUGGUGCCAGUGAGUGAGGGCCGAGGGGUCUUUCUGCGUGCGGUUGGCCAAGCCGGGCCAGCUGGAGACGCAGUAGUAGAGUCUUUGGAGGACUGUUUCUCCCCUUCGUUCCUGCUCCAGGAGCUGCUUCUGAAUAGUUCUUCAGCCAUGGCGCCGGCUCCAGGUGCAGCCUCAGCCCCUGCCUCGGUCUCCCUGUUGGACCUCAGCGUGGACGCUCCACUCCUUCGGGGCCUGAGCCUGGUGAGCCAAGCUCCCGGUGAUGCUCUGACCGGGGCGCCGCGUCCUUCCUGUCCAGGAGAGAGCACAAGCUCAGGAAGAAAAGUAGCUCCGUGUUCUCUGGAUAUCUCAGACAAAUUAUUUUGUUCAGCCUGUGACCAGAUCUUCCAGAACCACCAGGAACAGAGAGAACAUUAUAAGCUUGAUUGGCAUCGCUUUAACCUAAAACAACGUCUCAAGAACAAGCCUCCCCUGUCUGCUGUGGACUUUGAACAGCAAAGCUCUACAGGAGAUCUUUCCAGCAUCUCGGGAUCAGAAGACUCAGAUUCAACUAGUGAAGAGGAUUCGCCGACACUGGAUGAGAGAACUGAAUUUGAGAAACCUAACCGACCCCGAGGAUUCUACCCACAUCGGGUCCUUUUCCAAAACACCCAGGGCCAGUUUCUUUAUGCCUAUCGAUGUGUCCUAGGCCCUCACCAGGUUCCCCCAGAAAAGGCAGAAUUGCUGCUACAGAACCUGCAAAACGGAGGUCCCAGAUACUACGUGGUGCUCAUGGCUGCCGCUGGGCAUUUUGCUGGUGCUGUUUUUCACGGAAGAGAAGUGGUGGCACACAAAACCUUUCACCGUUAUACCGUGCGGGCCAAGCGGGGCACAGCCCAGGGGCUUCAGGAUGCCCAGGGUAGGCCAUCACGCUCUGCUGGAGCCAACCUGAGGCGUUACAACGAAGCCAUGCUAUAUAAGGAUGUUCGUGACCUUCUGGCAGGGCCAACCUGGGCUAAAGCACUAGGGGAGGCUGACACAAUACUGCUACAUGCCCCACGCUCUGGCCGGUCCUUGUUCUUUGGAGGCCAGGGAGCACCCCUACAAAGGGAUGAUUCCCGACUUUGGGAUAUCCCCCUCACCACCCGCAGACCCACUUUUGGAGAGCUUCAACGUGUACUCCAUAAGCUGACUACCUUGCAGGUGUAUGAUGAAGACCCUCGAGAACUAGCCACAUUUCACUCACCUGAGACAUACUGGAAACCAGUGAGAAAGAGCAAAAUGGCUGCUGGGAAAGAAGAAACAAAGGUCCCCAGUGAUACAGAUAAGGAACUUGAGCAGGAUGAAGAAUCACUCAGACAAGGUUCAGAGUCUCAGGAAGAAGAAGGUUCCCAAGUAGAGUUGGAGCUAGUAGAAUUGACACUGGGGACCCUCAAUCUUCGUGAAUUUGAGGUAUUGCCCAAGCGGAGGAGGAGGAAAAAGGAGAGAAAUCAAGACCGGCAGUGUGGGGCACAUGUGACUCCUCUUCAGCAACCUCAAGAAAAUGAGCCAUUCUCACAGCCAGCCCAAGUGGUUACGACCCCAGUGGACGCUUUGGUUGAUGAGGCUAAAGCCACUGGUCAGCCAGAGCUCUGGGAUACGCUUCUAGCUGCUUGCCGAGCUGGGGAAAUUGAGGUGCUAAAGCUGCAACUCGCCACUGGGCCUGUAGACCCUGGAGUUAUGUCCCUACUCAAUGCCCCUUUGGGAUCUGGUGGCUUUACUCUCCUGCAUGCCGCAGCCGCAGCUGGAAGAGGCUUAGUAGUUCGCCUGCUUUUGGAGGCAGGUGCUGACCCCACUGUGCAGGACUCUAGGGCUCGGCCACCUUAUACCGUAGCAGCUGACAAAUCAACGCGUAAUGAAUUCCGAAGGUUCAUGGAGAAGAAUCUUGAUGCCUAUGAUUAUAACAAGGCUCGGGUGAGCUGGAAAAGGAGCUACAGAGUGGGAGGGCAUCAUAGAUUCUCAUUAGGUCCUUUCUACUUCCUUGUAGUUUUACAGUGUCUUUGGGUAAUCCUCCAGGUUCCAGGGCCACUGACUCAAGAGAUGGAGGCCCGGCAGGCUACAAGGAAAAAGGAGCAGAAGGCAGCUCGACGGCGACGGGAGCAACAGCAGCUGAAGCAGAAGGAGCAGGAAGAACAGGAGCUAGAAGAGCGACGGCGAUUUGCUGCCCUCAGUGACCGAGAGAAGAGAGCUCUGGCUGCAGAACGCCGGCUUGCUGCCCAGUUGGGAACCCCUUGCUCUCCAGUUCCUGACCCUGCAGUUGUCAAUGCCGGGCGCUGUUGGAGUUGUGGAGUGUCCCUCCAAGGCCUCGUUCCUUUUCACUACCUCAACUUCUCUUUCUGCUCCACACGUUGCCUCCGAGAUCAUCGCAGUCAGGCAGGGAAGCCUUCUUCCUGAUUUCUUACAGCCAACUGGGGCCAACUGUGGGCCCUGAGAGGACAUAUCCAGACGUAGAGCUCUCUUUCCUUCUUGUGAAGCUCAACAUUAUUUGGAAGAUGGGGGUGAAGGACACUCAGGAACCAGGGCAAAGACAGGGCCACGGAGGUGUGUGGAGCCAGUACUGUCUUUGGAAUUUUAAUCACAGUAAAGUUUGGAAAGGAAACUGUA